CCCUCAGCUGCUAUUGUUCAUCUUAAACUGAGGGAACUCUGAGAACGUUUACAUAUUCCUGUAAUAGAAAAAACAGCUCUGUCAGGUUCUGUCUUGGGGGGGCGGGAACAGAUGAAGUCGUCUUCAUAAAAGUGAACUGACCUCCAAACCAGUGUGUUCUGUCCGACAACCCUGAGGACGACUCGCCUGAACUCUACACAGAUUUCUAACUGAGCAAUUCAGUAUUUUGACAUAAACUAACAUAGAGAAAAGAAAUGAGGGACGUAGAACUGAAGGAGGUGGAUCAGGCAAAACGGCUAAUGACCCGAGAAAACAACGGCUGUGUGAAGGUCACGGUCCCGGAGAACGCUGGAGUGAAGUAUGGCCUCUCCAAAGACGAGUUAAUCCAAAUCGCUGGUACAGCUGGGUGGGUUCGGACUCGUUGGGCUUUGCUGGUUCUGUUCUGGCUCGGCUGGGUCGGCAUGUUAGCUGGAGCAAUAGUGAUCAUAGUACAGGCUCCACGCUGUAAACCCAUUCCUGAGAUGAACUGGUGGAACGAAGGUCUUCUGUACCAGAUAUCUGAUAUCAACGCUUUCUCCGACAAAGGACUGAAAGGAGUGGAGGAGAAGCUGGACUAUCUGAGCCAGAUGAAGGUGAAGGGGCUUGUUCUGGGUCCGAUACACACCGUGCGAGCAGACCAGCCGGAUACACUGAAUCUAACUUCAAUUAAAUCUGAAGUAGGCUCUGAGAAUGAACUGGAAUCUCUGCUGAAGCAAGCGCAUAAAAGAGGUAUCUCCAUAGUGCUGAAUUUAACACCCAACUAUGAAAAACCCUCAGUCUGGUUCAACAAUGUUACCGCUGUUGCUGAGAAAAUCAAAAAAGCAUGUGCAUACUGGCUGACUAAAGGAUUUGAUGGCAUUUUCCUGUCUGAAUUGAAAGACAUCGCAAUAUCUGACUACUGGCCAUCUAUACAAGACAUAUUCAACCAAACCGACAAUACUAAAAAAGUAGCUCUGAUGGGAUCAGUCACCGGUCUCUCUGUGGAGGACGUCUCUCUCCUGUUGAACCGCUCAGGUGUUGACCUGCUCCUGACUGAACUGGCUGCUCCGGCUGGGUCCGGCGUGAGACAGGCACAGGCGAUACAGAAGCUGUACUCUGGUCACCUGCAGACGAGUCUGGGCUGGAGUGUGAGUCGGUCUCUGGGAUCUCCAGCGGCGCCAGUCAGGCUCUUUCACACACUGCUGUUCACACUGCCCGGCACUCCUGUGUUCAGCGCUGGAGACGAGAUCGGAUUCAAGGCAGGGGAAAACCUUCAAACAAUGUGGGACUUGGAAAACCCAGUAGAAGCGACGAAUGCAACAGCAAAGACUCUGCAGGAGGAGCGUAUCGCAGUGCGUGGCUUCUUCAAAGCGCUCAGUGAUCUGAAAAGAAAAGAGCGAUCGCUUCUCCACGGAGAAUAUGUCAGUCUCCACAGUUCAGCCACUUCAUUAGCAUUUCUCCGCCUUUGGGAUCAGAGCGAGCGCUUCCUGGUCGCCUUAAACUGGGGAAACGACUCAGUCACCAUGACUCUGAGCGAUAGUGACCUGCCGGCUCAAGCUCGGGUCUGCGCCACAACAGAUACUGAGAAUCUAGCCGUGGAUCGCAAGGUGUUAGUAGAGAAGCUGGAGCUUGGGCCCAAACAGGCGGUUCUGUUGUCUUAUCCUUAUGCUGGUUAGAAACACACACACAGAUCCUCAUCUCGUCUCAGAACUGUUUUAUAUUCUCUGAGGCCGGUAUAUUAUAAAUUAUAACCUUUUGUUUAUGAAACCAAUUACUGCAACUGGGGGAAAUCAUGCUUUGGUAGCCGAACGGUCAUAAUUACAAGUUAAAAAGUCAAAAUUAUUACAUACUAAGUCAUAAUUAUGGGAUAAACCCCUGGCUUAAGCUUAGACCCAGACUAAAAUGCAUGUUUGAGCUGUUUUAACUGAAAGCCAUUGUACUGAUAUAUCUUAAAAAUACAGUGGUGGAAUGUAACGAAGUACAAAUACUUUGUUACUUCACUUAAGUACAUAUUUCACGUAUCUUUACUUUACUU